CAAUCCACCCCACGCACGGAUACUCCGUCAAGUCUCCCGAGUGAAGCACACACCCAACACCGCCAGUACACUCAAUAGAAUCGACGCGGUCAGCGCCACUCGCCAUGGCCCGUCAACCGAUGUCGAUGGAGGCGAUGCUCGACGAGGAGCGGAGAGAAGUGCUUGCGCUGCUGGGGGAAACUUCAAACCCGCGACCCAGGCCUCCCAGCUCGCUGGGCGGCCGUUCCCCGUCCCCCUACACGCCCCGCUCCCCAGUUCGCAGCAUGCUAGAUAUCGGUGAUGACCCUGCUCUUCUCUCCCCAUCCUCGCCGAAGAGUUAUAGUACCAAAACCAGUGCCGGCCGCGCAGCCCCAGUGAGAAGCAUGCUCGACGUGGACUGCUCCCCGGCGGCUCCAAUACGAAGCAUGCUGGACGUGGAUAGUCCGCCCCCGGCCGCAAAGCAAGUGUUGAGCACGCCGUCUUCGCCAACCGACUCCAAUUCCCGCGCCCACGCUGCCAACGCCGCGCAUCCCAGGAGCAUGUCAGACGCCUCCGCCAGGCCCGCCGAUUUUGGGCCGAGGCUGGCACCUGCCCGCGUGGAUCCAACUUCCGAGUACCAGUUCUCUGGAAUCAUCACGAACAACGUGGGCCAGGCCCUCCCAAAACGAGUCACCCAGGGCGGCAAGCGGUCCAAUGCCAUGGCUGAAAUCAUGAAGGGUAACGACGUGGCCGGCCUGGUCCUCCCUGGGGACAGGGGCCGUCAUCAUUCCGCCUCAGGACCGUCGGCGCGCCUGGGGAGCAAGUCCAAGUCGCCGCAUAACCGACUGGCGAUGCGCUCGCACUCCCCGCACGCCGCGGUCCUGGGACGCCCUUUGAGUCCCGCCGGCCGGACGGUGCCUAACGAGCCCGAGGGUCUCGACUACAACAACGCGUACCGGCGUCUCUCAGACGCCGCCCUGGCCCGGUCCGGUGGGAGCCUGUCCGUGCUAGGGAGACGGAAAGGUUCCAACUACAUGACGGGCAACGGCAGGUUGGUUAAGGACUACCUGGGCCCGGACGGCGAGUUGCUGGUCGAGGAGAGCAGCGAGGACAACCGGAGUUCGUCUGACGAGGAAGGGCAGCGUGGGAGAAAGGCAGCGCGGAGUUCUGAUAAACAGAAGGCGAAGAACGGCUCCGAAUCGCCCGAGGCUCCGAGGCAGGUUAGGAGCCUGCUGGCAGCUGCCGAGGAAGAACUGGCUUCGCAGCAGCCCCCAUACCAAUACAGAUCGCUGUUGGACGAGCCGGAAAUCACGGUGACAAACCCUUCUGGCGAGCGAGUCAAGACCGGCAAACCUGUCAUACAUCCGGCUACGAGCUUCGACAACCCGCCCGGGUCGGGCGUGCAGACGCCCAUGGACUCAGAUGCGGAGGCCGACCUCACCGACAUCAAGAGGGCGCAGAAGCUGUCAUUUGCCAUGACGCAAAUCAUGGAUACCCCGGAGGCACACCGCACGAUCCAGAUCAUCACGCGGGGCGAGUACUCCAAACUCGUGCAGGAAGCUGAAGAGGAGCACCGGCCGCCUCGCAAGUACCUGGUUGCCACAGACUUGAGCGACGAGUCGACGCAUGCGCUGGAGUGGGCCAUUGGCACCGUCCUCCGCGACGGCGACACGCUGCUGGCCAUCUACUGCGUCGACGAAGAGGCGGGCAUCAGCAACGGCGACAACGCGCAAGUCCCCGACGAGCCUAAGGCGAUGAAGGAGCAGGCGGCGGCGACCAACACGGUGGUGUCCAGCAAGACGCCCAUCACGGCGAGCGGCACCAACCUGCCCCUGCACCAGCGGCCCUCGCCGCUGCUGCGUCACGUGUCGGACUCCGGGCCGGGAACCAGCAUGUCCCCGGCGCCCUCGCUCAACAGGGAACGCAGCAAGGCCGAGGAGGAGCGGUACCGCGCCGUGCAGGGCAUCACCGAGCGUGUCACGAAGCUGCUGCGCAAGACGAGGCUGCAGGUCCGGGUCAUCGUCGAAGUGCUGCACUGCAAGAACCCGAAGCAUCUGAUCACCGAGGUAAUCGACCUGGUCGAGCCGACGCUGGUCAUCCUGGGCAGCCGCGGCCGGAGCGCCCUGAAGGGCGUCAUCCUCGGUUCCUUCUCCAACUAUCUAGUCACCAAGAGCUCGGUCCCCGUCAUGGUCGCCCGCAAGCGGCUGCGCAAGCAGGGCAAGUACAAGCGCCUGCCGUCGACGCACCAGGUCAAUAACAUCAAUAAUCCGACCGCGAGGAGCCUGGCCAAUGCGAAGAUUGAUUAGAAACAGGGGAUGGAUGCGCGGCGGCGGAGAAGCGAGCUUUUGGGGAGGUACACGGUUGCGCCUCCCCCUUCCAGUUGCUGCUGCUUUUCUCAAUGGCUAGCCGGUUUCUUUG